AUGAAAGCCUCCGAUGGCGCUGUCAUCUAUGUUGGAAAAGCAAUUCGUUUGCGGACCCGGGUGCGCUCCUAUUUUGGUCGCGAGAAAUCUACAUCGGCGUUGACAUCGCAAAUGAUGCGGUAUGUUACCGAGGUUGACUACAUCGUCACAGAGACCGAGGUAGAGGCACUACUCCUUGAAAAUAACCUAAUAAAGGCACAUCAGCCUCGCUAUAAUGUGAAACUGAAAGACGAUAAACGCUAUCCGUAUUUACGCGUGACCGUCAAUGAACCCUUUCCCCGUAUCCACAUUACGCGCAAAGCUGAGAACGAUGGGACGCGAUAUUUCGGACCGUUUGUCCAUGCUCGCUCAACCCGCCAGACGCUCAAACAGUUGACGAAGUUGUUUCCUAUCCGCACCUGUACCCUACCACUCGCGGAAGUGAGAAAUAAGUACCGGGUCUGCCUUGAUUAUCACAUCGGACGAUGUCCUGGUCCUUGUGCCGAUAAGAUUGAUGUGCCAGACUACGAUGAGAUAGUUCAGAAAGUGUGUCAGUUCUUAAGUGGAAAUACAAAUGCUGUUGUCAAAGAACUAACGGAGCAGAUGCAAGCCGCGGCGGAGGCACUCGACUUUGAGACGGCUGCGAAGUAUCGGGAUACACUUAAAGACGUUCAACAGGCGAUUACAACACAGAACAUGGAUAGUGUUUCCGCCGCAGAUGAGGAUGUCAUCGGUAUUGCAGUGAGGACUGAUAUUGCGUGCGUGCAACUUCUACGGGUGCGAGAUGGUAAGCUACUUGAACGUGAACAUUACUAUCUCAACGAUGCGGACCCAGAAUCGCUCGCUACUGCGUUAAGUGCAUUCAUAUCGCAAUAUUACCAAAACGCUGUUUUCGUGCCAAAAACGGUUGUUUUGCCGAUGCAGAUUGAGUCGAUGGAGCUGAUUGAAAAUUGGCUCAGUGAGAAACAGGGGAACCGUGUUGGGUUGCAUGUCCCGAAGGCAGGUAGGCUCAGAAAGUUGCAGAUUUUGGCAACGAAAAACGCCGAGAUUCUCCUAACCCAGCGUGAACAGAACGUGGUUUACAGUAGCGGUGUGGAACCAGCACUCGUUGAACUACAAGAGUUACUUGGGUUAAAACACCCUCUCCGACGAAUUGAGGCAUACGAUAUUUCCAACCUCGGCGAUAGGUUUGCAGUUGGAUCGAUGGUGGUCUUGGAAGAUGGAAAACCGGCUUCAGCGGAAUACCGUCGGUUCAAGAUUCGCUCAGUUGAAGGGCAGGACGAUUUCGCGAUGAUGCAAGAGAUUAUCACCCGUCGCUUCCGUCGUGCCCUCGCAGACGAUGAAAAAUUUAAUAAACUGCCGGAUCUGAUGCUGAUUGACGGUGGAAAAGGGCAAUUAAGCGCGGCACAAGCGGCUAUGAACUUUUGCCGCAGCUUGCAAGGCAAAACUUGCUAUUCAAAAGCCGCGUCAUCCCAGCUCCCUGAUAUUCCGUUGAUUGCACUUGCAAAGCGAAUUGAAGAAAUUUUCGUUCCCGGUAAAUCGGAACCGAUUGUGUUACGAGAAGAUAACCCGACCUUACACAUGAUCCAGCGGUUACGGGAUGAAGCGCACCGGUUUGCGGUUACGUACCACCGGCGACUCCGCCAAAAGUCGCUGAGUGCGUCGGUGCUUGACGAGAUUCCGAACGUCGGUCCAAGACGGAAACAAGCACUACUCCAGCACUUCGGUUCCAUCGAAGCGAUCCGAGAAGCAAGUUUAGAUGGACUGCUCUCUGUGAAAGGGAUUCCACGCAGCGUCGCAGAGAACAUUCGGAAGCACCUCUGA